AUGCCGGUAAUGGCUUGGCAGUCGCGACCGUCCUCCAGCGAUCUCGACGCGGCCCAAUACCGCGCGGGCGCGAAGCUUCCUGUUUUGCACCUCCCAGAUCGCGCCGCGGCUGUCUCGCCAACUUCGCCGACAUAUCUUAGUUCUCCAACUAGCCAGCAGUCAGUGUCGCCGACCACACCGACGGCAACCUCCCCGGUUACCCCGUCGUCCGACUCGGGCCGGCGUUUGCUGUGCUGCUACGAAUGUCGCCGGAAGAAGAAGGGAAACUGCGUGCGGACACCAGCCGGACCCUGCACACGCUGUCUCGCAGGGCGCGACCCGUACGGGAACCCGCUCGUGUGCGAAUACCCCACACGCUCUUACCAGGGUCAACGCACCGACUUGCGAGAGUACUACCAGAGUGGCAACGUGCCAAGGACCAGCUGGGCUAGUACGGGUCCUCGGGCUGGCCCGCGAGCGGUGUCAAAGUCCAAUAACGCUCACUCCAACUCGCACACGUAUAUGAUACCGCCCGUCAUCAGCCCGUUGGAUACCGACUUCUCUGCGCAGCACCAAUACGCGCUUUCGGCAGGUUCGGAAAACACGAGCCCGAGCCCUAGUCCUCAGAGUCUGCGGACAAAGGGAAAGAAACUGCUCUUUUCCGACUAG